CUCGUAUAUGUUCGUGUACCGGAAGCAGCCGAUCUUUUUCGAGGCAGCCAUCUUGCAUGCCUGACGUCUCUUCUUUUUGACGCAUUUUCUGAUCGCGUUACAACUCCAGAAAAUAAACGAAAAUGGGUCGCAUGCACGCACCAGGAAAGGGUAUUGCCCAGUCAGCUUUACCCUACCGUCGCACCGUACCCACAUGGCUUAAAUUGAGCGCCGAUGAAGUCAUCGAGCACAUCAAGAAGCUGGGCAAGAAGGGUUUGACCCCAUCACAGAUUGGUGUCAUCCUCAGGGAUUCCUAUGGUGUGGCUCAGGUGCGUUUCGUCACCGGCAACAAAAUCCUCCGCCUGAUGAAGGCGAAGGGUUUGGCGCCUGACUUGCCCGAGGAUUUGUACUACCUUAUCAAGAAGGCAGUAGCCAUCCGCAAGCAUUUGGAGCGCAACAGGAAGGAUCGCGACAGCAAGUUCCGUCUUAUUCUGGUCGAGUCCAGGAUCCACCGUUUGGCGAGAUACUACAAAACGAAGGCUGUCUUGGCACCAAACUGGAAAUACGAAUCCAGCACAGCGUCCGCGCUUGUCGCUUAAAUCUGUAAUUAUUUUCUAAGAAAUUCAUCAAUAAAAACAGCUUAUUGGUUAAACAAA